AUCACACGACCAACAGCAGCAAAUAACAAUGAUAAGCCACAACACACAAAACCAGAACAACUCCCCUCCACCAGCAAUUGAACCUCCAAAUCGGUCAUCGGACACUGCACAUAUCCAAAAGGGUAACAUACUCAGUGAUCAGAAUGAGAAAAGUGACGAAGUCCAAGGCAAACCUUUCCUAAAAUACGCUGCACCAUCUCACCCUCUGAACACAGGCUCGGGUCUUGCAGUUGACAUCGACGAUUAUAUGGAGCUUGACUCAAAAAUAGCAAGUUCAAAUGCGAUAUUGUCUAAAGAAGAAAGCGUUGAAAAUAUAAAAGCAAGACUCGCCGAGUACGGCGUCUUCAAGGAGAGUUAUAAUGUUAGGGAACUCAGUGAGCACAAUUCUGAUCAGGAAUAUUUGGAAUUGUUUAGUUUCCAUGGUGAUGUUGUUUCGAUGCCGGCAUUAUUCGAUUUAUGUAGUCCAUAUAUUUUUGCGAUCGAAAGAACUAGAUUACUGGAAAAUGAGCCAGAUCUUCCCGAGUCUGAAUACUUUACCUCGGAGUUUCACCAUUGGUUUGAAUCCCCUUAUCCAGUACCGAUUUCAAGCCUACUCCAUGAUGGACUUGACACCAAAACUAUAUCAAUGUGCAUGAAAAAGUGCCGGGUUAGCACGCUAAGGACAGGAAAGAAAGAGGAGGCUAACGAUCUAAAGAAGGAUGUGAACGUACUCUUAGAAGAGAUUACACAAAAUAUCCAAGAACCAACUCAAAAUCAAAUGGAAUACAAAGACCAGCUUCAACGCGCGUACAAACGAUUUGAGAUUACCCUUGCUUCUCAAGGAGAAAUAGAAGUGAGCAGACCAUCAGGGGAUCCAAACGAACAAACAUUUCCAUUACCUGAUGUUUUCCAAAAGAAUCCCAAACUUAUACGGAACUGGAUUGAGAAUUGGCAAACAAUGGACACUAUUGUUGGGCCGGGAGACGGAUGGGAUUUCAGUUUGAAACAGUGGGAAUUGUUCGAAAAGGGCAGUGAUGAAAUGAAAAUUGACGACACAAAACUACACAGGACAGAACUUGAUGAUGUACCAGCCCUCGAUCUUUCCAUUGAUGGAGAAGCCGGAUGGGAUGUGAUUCCGGUGGAUAUCGUAAAAAAUGACAUCACAACUCCGGAACAGGAAGAAAUCUGGAAGGCUAGAGAAAAUCGAAAGGACUUGAAUGAUCCAGAGCGCAUGGCAAAACGACGAUUAACAAUUGAAGAGUACUUUAAGAAGAAGUAUGAAACAAAUUUUUCUUGGGCUUCCGAGAGAGUGGUAGAAUUUAGAGGUUUUGCUGACAAUUUAGUAAAAGCCGAAAAGGAGUUUCAGGCACUUUGUGAGGAAAGUUGA